AUGUAUGGAACAAAUCUAAUUUUAGGUUCAAAGGUGACAAAAGGUACAACUGCCCAAGAUGUUAUUUAUUGUGAUCUUUGUUCAAGAAAAAGGAUUAAAUAUACAGUUGAGCUUGUAUGUAAAACAUGUGACCUAAAUCUCUGCAGAUCGUGUGUUGGUCACCAUGUUUCUUCAGACCCCUCAAUUCUUCAUGACAUUACAGGGUACAAAUUCAAAAAGGAAUUGGGACACAUUAGAUAUGCCUGCUGUAAUUUGCAUGAACAUAAACAAUGUGAACUGCGCUGCAAAAAUUGUCAAAUUUCAGUUUGUAGUAAAUGUGUUACAUCAAAACACCAUGCUGACCACGAACUCGAAAAAAUUUCUGAUAUUUGCGAGGAGAUCAAAUCAUGCCUGGAGAAAGAGAACAAAGAAUAUAAACGCUACAUUUCACUGACAUAUGAUAAAAUCAUAUCCGACCUUCAGUCUUCAUUAGACAUUCAAAAGAAAAGUUACGAGAAGAUUAGGGAAGAUAUUAAAAAACAAGGACAAAAACUUCAUUCGGAGGUAGACAAUUCAAUAAAAACACUCCUUGAUCCUGCAGAUGAAAUGGAAAAGGGGGAUACGGCUGCUCUGGAUAGUUCUCUUAUGGACAUGAUUAUACACUGCGCCCUUAUUCAGCUGACUGUAGAGAAAAAUAAAAAAAAAAUGGAGAAUGAUAAUGAUGCGGCCAGUCUAAUGAAAUUCUCGUCAAAGAUGUCUGACUGUCUGCGUAUUCCAUCUUUAGCAGAAGUGUCUACACCAAGCUUUAUCCCAAAGGAAGUAAAAAGUGAUGAUCUGAUGAACAUGUGCGGAACCUUGAUUCCAAGCACGAAGACAGAAAGAGAGAGCUACUUGAUAGAAAUUCCAAAGGAAGAGGUGGAGAAUCAGUAA